UAUUAUGAAUACAGAACAACAUCCUUUUUCAUCCCAUUACAUUUUCUUUACCUACUCAUUUGGUUGUAAACCUAUGUUUAAAAAUGCUUUUGGUUAUAUUAGGAGUUUCAAAGUCAGGGCUCCUUUUUCUGAGAAGAGCUUAUUUUCAGGAAUACUUUCCUUGGAAGAUCAUUUGACAAUAGAGCAAGGACUGGAGGUGUUGGAUUCAUUGUCAGGAAAGAAACAGUUCCAAAGAUAGUCGGCUGUGAUAUCAUAUCACCCUUGAUAGCAGUUCUCACAUGUCAGACAAAACAAAGGAGAACGAUUAAAAUUAUUCAAGUGUAUGCUCCCAUGCAGCAAGUGGAAGACGAAGAAAUGGAACCUUUCUACAAAGAGCUGGAGGAGGGAUGCCUCUUCUGAAGACCCUACUGAUUCUCUGGUCUCUUUUCCUACUCCACAUCCCUGUUGACCCAGAGAACUAGGGUGCUGCUUGUAUCACCAGCAUGGAUUACUCACAGUUUCUCUCAGCAGUAAGUGCAGCAAGAGAGGAAAAUCUUAUAAGAUUUACAGGUCAUUUUGCAGAGAAGAAACCCUCAGUAAUCAUGAUCUCUGGAGGCAUGCCAAAUCCUAACUAUUUCCCAUUUAAAACAGCAAGUUUCACUAUUGAAGAUGGAACCACUAUUGAAAUUGGAGAGGCAUUGAUGAAGAGAGCCCUCCAGUAUUCCACCACAGAAGGAAUUCCAGAGUUGUUGUCCUGGCUAAAGGAUUUACAGAUGAGUCUCCACAAUCCUCCCACUGCCAAGUACAGUCCUGAUCAGGGCCAAAUGGAGAUAUGUAUCACCACUGGCAGCCAGGACGGCUUGUCUAAAGUGUUUGAUAUGCUUGUCAAUCCUGGAGAUAAUGUCCUUUUAGAAGACCCCAGCUACUCUGGAACUCUGUCAGCACUGAAACCACUGGGCUGUAACAUUAUCAAAGUCCCGACCGACAAGCACGGUAUUAUUCCAGAAGCUCUGAAAGAAAUUCUUUCCAGGUGGAGACCAGAAGACGCAAAAAAGCAAAACAACAAUCUCCCCAAGUUCCUCUACACCGUUCCAAAUGGUAGUAAUCCAGCUGGAACCUCAUUGACUGCUGACUGCAAGAAGAAGAUAUACCAGCUUGCAAGAUGUUAUAAUUUCCUUAUAAUAGAAGAUGAUCCAUAUUAUUUUCUUCAGUUUGAAAAGACUAAGGCACCAACAUUUCUGUCAAUGGAUGUUGAUGGUCGAGUGAUCAGAUGUGACACUUUUUCUAAAAUUAUCUCUGCUGGGUUGAGAUUAGGCUUUUUAACAGGCCCCAAACCUCUUAUUGACAGAGUGAUUCUGCAUAUGCAGAGUUCAACGAUGCACACCAGCACUUUUACACAGAUCCUAACAUCAGAACUUCUUCACAAAUGGGGGCAAAAGGGUUUGCUGGAGCAUGCAGACAGGGUAAUGGAAUUCUACAGGACCCAGAGAGAUGGAAUGCUUGCAGCAGCAGACAAGUGGUUAAAAGGUUUGGCAGAGUGGUACGUCCCUACUGCUGGAAUAUUUUUAUGGAUUAAGAUCAAGGGAAUUUCUGAUACAUACCAGAUGAUCAUGGAAAAUGCUUUGGAGAGAGGGGUGUCUUUGGUUCCUGGACAAUCAUUUAGCUUUGAUAGCUCAGCUCCUACUCCCUAUUUCAGAGCUUCCUAUUCUUUUGCUUCUCCAGACCAGAUGGAUCAGGCUUUCCAGAAGCUGGCUGAGCUUAUAAAAGAAACUGUCUGAAAGGAUCAGAACAAACUGGCAUUUUUAGAAACCUAUGUUCAUUGACAUUUAGAAAUUGUGUAUCUAAUUUCACUGACAAGUCUAAAAGAGUGAUUUUAUUCCUACUUUCUGUAAUUCUACAUAACUUUUAAUUUUAUUCUUACUGGGCAAAUUUGCCAUGAUGCCAUCAAGUACCAUGAUACCCGACAAUAAUUAGCACAGAGACAUAUAGUAGAACAUUACAUUUUCAAAGCACUGUACAAAUAUUAACCAUUUAGUUCUGAUUUCUGGGGAAGUAACUGUUAACAUAUUACUGAGGCAUGAAAAUGAGGCACAGAGUUUAAGAGACUUGCUCAAGAACACACAUCAGGUCAGUAUUCAAGUUAGAAAUUGAGAGCUCCUGACAGCCACAUCCCAUCCCCAGGAUCUGACCACUAGACCAUCGCUUCCUUUCUUCCCAGACGCUGCACGUACAAAGAGACAGGUAUAGGCACCUCCUCUAGCCACUCAGAAAAGCCCCCAUACCAUCUCUGUGUAGCAGCUAAGCACUGUGGUGCUGAGGGUCUCAUGCUAGAUCUCCAAGCCACAGGAGAACUUUACCCUAUGUGAACUAGUGUGUCUUGCAGUGUAGGGUACCUGACUAGGCUAGCCCCUAAGUAGUUUAAAAUUAAAUCCAGAAGUGAUAAGUCUAUGAAGUGAGAAGUCAUAGUCACAUUUCAGUACACCACAAUGUGUUUUGCUUCAACUGAUUUCAAUAGAGCUAUGCCGGUUUACAUCAGCUGACAUCUGACUCACUAUUUCUUGUCCUGAUGAGACAGAAGCAGCUCUGAACAGAAGCACCUUGGCAGUAGUGGGAAGCCAUCAGGCAAUGGAAGGCAUUCUCAGAAGAGAAGGAAAUGAUUAACCUGCUUGAAAGCUUAGCUUCAGCAAGCAAAUAAACCAGUGGCUCUUUU